AUGGACGCGCCGGUUGCGGGCGGCGCUGCCGAGCCCGAGGAGCAGCAGCAGCUGCCGGAGCCGCGGCCCCGCACCCGCUCCAACCCCGAGGGCGCCGAGGACCGCGGGCAGCCCGGCGUGGGCAAGCGCAGCGAGGGCGAGGGCGAGGCGGCGAGCGCUGGCCGCGGACCCGGCACCGGCACCGGCACCGGCCCCGGUGCGGCCUGGCACGGGGCGAGCGAGGUGCAGGUGAAAACACCCCGGGUCAACUGCCCCGAGAGGGUGAUCAUCUGCCUGGACCUGGCCGAGGAGAUGGCGCUGCCCAAACUGGAGUCCUUCAACGGGUGCCGCAGCAACGCCCUGACCGUGUCACAGAAGAUGAUCGAGAUGUUCGUCAGGACCAAACACAAAAUCGACAAAAGCCACGAGUUCGCCCUGGUGGUGGUGAACAACGACGCCACCUGGCUCUCGGGUUUCACCUCAGACCCGCGGGAGGUUUGCAGCUGCCUCUACGACCUGGACACCGUCGUGUGCCAGUCCUUCAAUCUGGACGGGCUCUUCAACCUCAUCCAGCAGAAGGUGGAUUUACCUGUCACUGACAAUGUCCAGACCAUCCCGCCGCCGUUCGUGGUCAGGACCAUCCUGGUGUUGGGGCGCCCGCGCUGCCAGCCCCAGUUCUGCGGGGGAGAGCCCGUCAAGAAGUUGCUGCAGUGCCCAUAUUUUUUCUUUGAUGUCGUUUACAUCCACAACGGGCAGGACGAGAAGGAGGACGAGGGCAGCUGGAAGGACAUGUUUGGGUUUCUGGGCAGCCUGGACUCCAAGGGCACCAGUUACAAGUUCGAGGUGCCGCUGGCGGGGCCGGCGCUGGAGCUGCACAACUGCAUGGCCAAGCUGCUGUCGCACCCCCUGCAGCGGCCCUGCCAGAGCCACGCCAACUACGGGCUGCUGGACGGCGGGGACAGCCCCGAGAGCGAGGCCACCGUCUGAGGGGACACCUGGGGACACCCUGGGGACACCCCGGGGUGGUGGCGUUGGGUGGGGGAUAAAUGGUUUUAGUGAUUUAGGGGGGUGGUUGUGGUGUUUGGGGGUCACUUCUUAUGGUUCUGGGUCACCUCUUGUUGUCCUGUGUCACCUCCAGGUGACAGGGAUGGAAGUUUUGGGGACCCCUGGGUGGUUGGGGACAUUGGGUGGCAGUGGCUGGGUGUGAAAAGAAAAGAAUUUUCCUGAUUUGUGGCGUUUUUGUGGUCACUUCUUAAGGUUCUGUGUCACCUCUGCUGGUUCUGUGUCACCCCCAGGUGACAGGGAUGGAAGUUUUGGAGACCCCAGGGUGGUUGGGGACAUUGGGUGGCAGUGGCUGGGUGUGAAAUGAAAAUAAUUUUCCUGAUUUGUGGCGUUUUUGUGGCAUUUUUGGGUCACUUCUUAUGGUUCUGGGUCACCUCUGCUGGUUCUUUGUCACCUCUCGUGGUUCUGUGUCACUCUCAGGUGACAGGGAUGGAAAUUUUGGGGACCCCUGGGUGGUUGGGGACAUUGGGUGGCAGUG